UCUUAGAUAAUAAUACAAAGUUUGUAUAAUUAUACGUAAUUAUUAAGGGGGGUGAAUAUUAUUUUUAAAAUAUCGAUAGUCGAUAGUGAUUAUUUAUAAGGAGAAGGCAAAAAUUAUACAUACAUACAUACACACAUAUAUACACGUAUAUGUACCACGCGUUUAGUAUAAUUUCGGAAGUGUUUCGGCGUCAUGGAGGAGGAGCGAUAUUAACGAUCGCUCGACGAAGGCUAUAUUCUAACUCGAAAAUAUAAACUUUCAAAGUAUUAUCGUGUACUUAAUUUUGUGUUAAUGAAAUCGGAUAAAUGAAUAAACUGUAGUCUUGUAAAAAUCAUUUAUUAUUAAUCUACGUUACAUAAAUAGUGCGUAUUGUGUAUACCGCGUUAUAAACUUUUCGGGACAUAGAACAAAUACGAAAGAGUUAAUAGAGGUUUCCAGCAGGAAUAAUCAAAAUGGUGUUAGCGGAUGAAUUCGCUGGUGACGGUGUGGAUCUGUACGAUGAUGUAAUCGCAGCACCGGCUGGUGGCAAUGGCGGUGUUUCCAGUGGCAAUGCUGGUGAUGGAGGUGGAGACACAACAUCAACUAACGAAGAGACUAAUGGGAAUGCACCGUACCAUCAGCUUGGUAACAACAUUCAACCUAAUCAAAUUGGAAGACGUCAUCAACUAUAUGUUGGCAAUUUAACUUGGUGGACGAGUGACCAAGACAUAACUGAUGCAGUUGCAAAUAUCGGUGUAACUGAUUUUGUAGAAGUAAAGUUCUUUGAAAAUAGAGCUAAUGGACAGUCCAAAGGUUUUUGCGUAAUUUCUCUGGGUUCAGAACAAAGUAUGAGAAUAUGUAUGGAAAGAUUACCUAAAAUAGAAUUACACGGUCAGAAUCCGGUUAUAACAUUUCCAACUAAGCAAGCUCUCAUUAAGUUUGAAUCUCAGUGCAAAACACGACCAGCGCCUGCUCCUCAGCAAAGUCAGAGUCAACGUCCUCAUAAUCCGCAUCAACAUCAACCACCUAUGCCGCCUCAUCAGCAACAUCCACAACAUCCACAACAUCCUCAACACUCUCAACAGAAUCAUGGUCCUAGAAUGAUGAUGGGACCUCCACAAGGUGUCAGACCUCAAAGGAUGCCACCACCAGGUAUGGGCCCGCCUGGAGGACCAGGUGGACCUGGUCAACAAGGACCACCACGAAUGCAUGGACCACCUAUGGGUCCCGGUCCUGGACCGCAUCAUCCUUUACCUGGACAUCCUAAUCAAGGCCCUCCUCCACCAGGAUAUCAACAAGCACCAUGGAAUGGUCCCAGACCGAAUGGUCCACCAGGACCUCCGAGGGGUCCUAGUGGACCUGGUGGUCCACCACAACAAGGGCCUCCAGGACCAGGACCUGGUCAGCAUAGACCACCAGGCAUGCAAUUCCAUGGUGGUCCACCUGGACCUCCUGGUCAGGGUCCUCCUCGUGGACCACCUGGACAUCCUGGAGGACCUCCAGGUGAUCCUAGAGGUGCUCAGCCACGACCAGAAUGGAAUAGACCACCAGGAAUGCAUCACGGGCCUCAGGGACCACCAGGUUUCCCUCAGCAUCAACAUAUGCAAGGCCCGCAACCUGGCCAAGGGCCACCACAGAGAGGACCUCCUCCAGGUUCUAUGGGUGGACCAGGCGGUCCUCCUCCUGGACACGGAGGUCCACCUCAGGGCCCACCUCAAGGACCACCAGGAGGACCAGCACCUCAUGUUAAUCCUGCAUUCUUCCCACAAGGACCUCAUCAACAUCCCGGGCAACAUCCUCCAGGACCACCUGGUCCUCCUCAUGGUCCUCCUCAUGGGCCACCUCAUGGACCUCCUCAUGGGCCACCUCAUGGGCAACCCCAUGGUCCACCGCAUGGACCACCCCAUGUACCACCUCAUGGUUAUGGGCCACCCGCAGCACAGCCACCAUAUGGUGCACCAGGUCCUGAUCAUCGUCCCGAGGGUCCUCCUCCACUCACUGAUCAGGAAUUUGAAGAAAUAAUGGGACGCAAUAGAACAGUCUCAUCUUCUGCCAUAGCCAGAGCAGUAUCGGAUGCUGCGGCAGGAGAAUAUGCCAGCGCCAUUGAAACUUUAGUCACUGCUAUUUCUUUAAUUAAACAAUCAAAGGUUGCUGCGGAUGAUAGAUGCAAAAUACUAAUCAGUUCGCUACAAGAUACUCUACGGGGUGUUGAAACUAAGAGUUAUGGUUCUGCACGUAGAGAACGUUCUCGUUCACGCGAGAGAGAUCGCAGUCAUAGAAGACGUCGUGAACGAUCCAGAAGUCGUGAUCGAGAAUACAGAGAACGUAGCAGAGACAGAGAAAGAGAACGGGAUAGAGAACGUGAUCGUGAAAGAGAACGAGAUCGUGACCGUGAUAGGGAACGUUAUUAUAGUGAGCCGUAUCCUCGAGAAAGAUCACGCAGCAGAGAAAGAGAACGUGAUCGUGAAAGAGAUCGGGAAUACAGAGAAAGAAGCAGAGAAGAAAGUACGACACGUCAGUCAGCCAGGCCGAGAGUAAAAGAAGAACCGCCAGAGACGGCUCCCGUCUCGUCUUCCAAGGCGUCUAGGUAUUAUGACGAUCGCUACAGAGAACGUGAACGAGACAGAGAACGAGAACGAGAAUCAAGCCGAAGACCAUCUGAACGUGAAAGAGAACCGGAACGUGAACGAGAACGUGAACGAGAAAGAGAUCGACGUGAUGAAAGAGGAGAUUCUUCACAUCGUUCAAGACAUUAAAGAGACGAGAUUUAGUUCUUCGAAGAGAACGGAAAAAUAAUAUUUAGUAAAAACGAUUAAACUAUUAAAAAAAACAUAACAUUUGUGACCUUUUUAACGGUAGUCUCUCUGUUCAAUUUUAAAAAAGAAAGAGUAAUGCAAAAAAAAAAUAAUAAAAAUAAAAAAACAUAAUUAAUGAAACAAAAAGUUAAAGAGGGACUUACAAAAAGCUUGUAAUUAAGGAUUAACGCACUUAUUCUCUCUGUGUGUGUUCUCACUAUAAAAUACACAAGAUUCGUCAAAAAAUGUUGAUAAAUAUGUUUAGUAGGAAACAAACAAACAAACAAAAAAUGAUAUAUAUAUAUACAUAUAGAUGAUGAUACAUUUUUUGCAUUCUACUUUUUCCUAAUAGAGAGAGAAAGAGAGAGAUACAGUGAUAAAUAUGAUUUACGAAAGGUAUUCGUGUGUUUAUUACUUCAGUUUAAAGAUUACAAAAAAAAAAUAUAUAUAUUAAGAAAAAAUAAUUAAAAAAAAAAAAAAAAAAA